AAAGAAUAUAAACAAUAUUUCUAUUUAUCAUGCUUCAGAUAAACAAUCGACGAAUCUGUCAAAUUGACAAGUUUAUUUGGCAUUAACAUGGCUGCCGAGAUCAAUAGGAAACUGUCAUGAUGCAUUUUGUCCAUGCUCAUUGGUGUUAUUAGAUUUUCUAAUAUGUAUUGUACGGAUAUUUUUUUGUGAACAUGAAUAUUUUUUAAAUCGUUAGAAAGGUUAUUCAUAUUUUUCUGAAAAUGUCAUAAUCUUGAUUUAUAAUGGUAGGUGAAAGUGUUCUGAAUAUUUGCCGAUCCGUGAAACGAGGGUGAUUCAUAACAAUGUAAUACAGCUUUACAAAAACGAUAUUUUGUUUAUGAUCGAUUAAAGAUCGUAGAUAUUAUAGGAGUUCCUAAUAUUUAGUAUGAACGUAGACAAUGUACUUAUCUUAGAAAUAUUACUUAAAAAAAUUUAAGAUAUAAUAUUUUUACAUGAUUGUUGUUUCAUACUUGUCUCAUAAGAGAGUAAUUGUUUCUACAAUUUGUGUGAAUAUUUUUCGCUCUUAGUAGUGAAGACAUUGGUAUUACUCAAGGAAAUCAUUGAGUUUCCAAUAGAUGAUAUAUUAAUAUGGACAUUUUUGAAUAUAUUUGCAUAUCUGUGAUUACAUUUGUGUGUGGUAUAAUAUGUACACUUGUGCUGGAAUUUUAUUUAUUCAAAAAAUACUUGGAGCAAGCACCUUUGGAAAGUACACCAAGAAAAUUAAAACACCAUGGCAAGGCUCAGUUACCUAAGGAGUUACUUGAUAAAAUUCAAGAUGAAAAAACAAGUUCCAUAAGCAUAUCACGCCAGGGUAUGUGCCAAGGCAAUGAAAACUUGGCAAUAAAUUUAACAUUGCAAUUUUUGUUUAAUGAACUUAGAAAUGCUGAGAGAGUACGCCUUUGGUUGUAUAGAAAGUUAAAUAAUGAGUUCAAAGAAUUAUUAACUCAAUCUACCACUGGCAAAUUGCUAGACAGUGUACAGUUAAGAGACUUGAAUCUGGGUUCGCAAUUUCCCACAAUAAAAGGUUUAGAAGUUGCAGAUUCAAAAAUAGAUGCUGAUACAGGUUUAUUGGAGACAUUGGAUUUAUCUUUAGAUUUACAUUAUUCUGGAAAUUUUCAAUUAUCGAUAGAUGUUAAAAUGCUACUGGGAAAGACUGCAUAUAUGGCUUUACAAGUGAAACGUAUCAGUGGCAGAGCUAGGUUGCAGUUUACACGUGUUCCAUAUACUCACUGGUCCUUAAGUUUUUAUUCAGAUCCUAUACUUGAAUUGGAAGUACAAUCCCAAUUUCAAGGUCGUCAAUUACAGCCACAGAUUAUUUCUUUGAUCACAGGACAAAUUCGUAGAGCUGUGCGUAGGAAGCAUACAUUACCUCGCUAUAAAAUGCGUUACAAACCAUUUUUCCGUAGACUAAACGACGAAGCAGUAGAUUUAUCCGAAGUUGCCAAUAUACAAUUGACACCAGGUUAUUUGGAGGUAUCACUGGUGGAAGUGACUAGAUUAAAUCUUGGACCUAAUAUACUUAAUGCAGACGAUAGAUCACAAGUUGAAGUAUAUUGUACAAUAAGCAUAGAUUCAACACCUUGGGUAUAUCUGACUCAAUAUACUGGAGUUCCUUAUAUGGUGUUGGACUUAAUUAUUAGUAAAGUUGGUUCUCAGCAACUUGGCGUAGUGUUUAAGCAAGAAUUUGUGCCAGAAGUAGGUCAUGUAUGUGUGUUAGUCGAGACUAUAAUAGUUGGAAGUCCUGCUGCAAUCGCUGAGAUGAGAAAAGGGGAUAUUUUAAUAGCAGUAGAUGGCAAAAAGGUGUCUAACAUGAAUCAAGUAGCUAAAUUUGUAAAAAGUGCGGUGCAGAGGCGUUUUAUCAUAAGGGUUGAAAGAAAAUAUUCUAAAGCAGAUUUGGACAAACAAGCUAGCAUGAAAUUGGAUAGUGAAAGGAUAUCGGCAGAAAGAGGAGUUGAUAAGAAAACAUUAAAAACUGAUUUUAUAUUUAAUAAGGGAGAUACGCCCAGUGCCGAAGACAGCAAGAUCAAAUUUGAAAGCCAAAUAAAAUUUUCGGAUUUAAAGGAUUGUGAAAAUGAAAUUUCUGACAAAUUGGAAAUGAGUAGUAGACUAUUUAGAAGGAGAAAAAGCAGCGCACAUACCGAUGAUACUACUCAGACACCAGACGCUACCCCCUCCAGAAAGAUUUCAACUACUUCGAAUCAAUCGAUAAUAUCGAGUAGCUCUCAAUUUUACUUUAAUGACGAUAACUAUGUAACAAAUAUAUCAGACUUAUACUAUACUACUAAAGAAAAAGAAUAUGCAUCUUUAAUCACUUUCGAAGAAACUAGGUCUUUUCAAAUUGAUUCAGAACUCCAGUACUUAAAUAUAGGAGUAUGGGGUCGUGUAAGAGGAGGAGAAAUUCAAGCAAAGUUAUUAGGAUAUAUUAAUGUCCCUAUGAAAUUAAUUCUGGCACAAUGUUAUACAUCCUCCACUGGUCAUUAUCUUAAAUGCUAUGCUUUAUUACCACCAGAUAGUGCUUCUUUGGCGACGGUACAUCCAAAACUACAAGGAUAUUCAGGAUUCGACCCAACACUUUGUUAUGGUGAUAUUUUAUUAUCUUAUUUAUGGGAGUCUAGUUACCCGAAUCGUCAUAUAACUGGUGAUUCAGGGAAAAAGGAAAGUACAGAAGCUGUCAAAACACAACCACCUUUGAGCGAAGAAAUUUCUGAGAAAAAGCUGCACGAUUUUAUUAGAACUCAUUUUCAUAGAGCAACACACUGCGACUUUUGUACAAAGAAGAUUUGGCUGAAGGACGCAGUGCAGUGCAGAGAUUGUGGUAUGGUGUGUCAUAAGAAAUGUGAAGUUCGUUGUCAAGCAUCAGGAUCAUGCGGAGCCGAAAGUAUAACAACAAUGGCAUUGGAAGCAGACGAAAUAGAAUCUACUACUGUUAUUGGGGAAUCAGGUCCAGAGAUUUCUCUAACCAGUUGCGAAGAUAAUGUACAGGGUGCAACUAUGAUGGCCAUGAAGGCUAGUAUAGCUAAUACUCUAUUGGGCCUGAAGAAGGCUGGAAGUACCAGUUGCUUGGCCCCACCGGCUUCCGGUACUGGUCUGGCAUCUAGAAGUCUUCCCCCAAGUCCCUGUGCAUCCCGCAAGAAUUCAUUGGUUGGUGGCUUGGGCAUAAGUCCCGAUCUCUUGGAGGGUGCUGAACCUAGCGUGGCAGCUCCUCUAGUAGCUGGCGAUUUGGACGAUGGUCUUAUGUCUAGAGCUAAAGAUACCGGCAAGUUUCUGUACAAACAUUUGGAGCCACUAGAACGCGUUGAAAAAAUCAAUGUCAUGAUGGGGAAGCUGAAAACUGCGCUCGACGCGGAAACUGCCUCAAGAUUGGAAUUAUCACAAAGCGGAGAAAUGGACAGUAUUAAAUUAAUUGCACAAAGCGAUUUACGAGUGCAAGCACUUAGUGUCUUACUAUUGCAUUAUUGCGCUGGAUUGCAACACGCGCAAGAAGCAUUAGAUCGAUUUCAAAGAAACAGAGAGUCCCAACAAGCUUAACUUCAAUGAGAAAAUGCCAACAAAACUAUCGAUAUACAUUCCAAUCCCGCGUACAUUCUAUUUCACUUCACUGUCUGUUUAAUACAGAAAUCGUCGAUAACUUUGGUCGAUUAUAAAUAUCCGUUCAGGUAUCUGUAUCAUAUAUAUACGUACUUACAAUUGUACGUAUUAUAUGGUUGCUUUGAAAUUUCUCUAUAAAUCGUUCAGCGACAUUCAUGUUAAUAGGCCUCUAGAUAAUACUCGUAAAUUUUACCGUGAUACCUUCAUAGUUUACCAGAGAACACCAAAUAUUAAGACUUGUAUUUACAGAUUCUAUGUAUACUCGUAGAGAACAGAGUACAACGUAUACCAGCUGUGUUUACGCAUAGAGUAUUUUCGGCGGUGUAGGUAAAUAGUUGUGUUAUAGAAUGAUUAGGAUAACAAAAACGGGAAAAUAGUGUCUUGAGUUUAAGUGUAAGGUAGUGAGUAAUUAGAUAUUUAAUUACAGUAUUCGAUAGUUUUGCGGAACAGAUAUUAUUCUCUUUCAUAUCGAUAUAACGAUUGACCUUCGAUUAUGAGAUUUAAAUAAUUCAGAAUAGAUUUUGUUUCUUACUGAAUCGUAUUUUACUUAUCUGUAAGCCGGCUGCAACGAAAUACAUUAAUUGCGACUGAUUUAAAAAAUAUCAACGUUAGUAUUAUCUACAUACGAGUAUGAAUGAAAUACACGAUACGGUAGAAUUCCAUCCAUAGAUAACACGAAUAGAUAACAUCGGGGUAUUGAUAUAUACAUAUAUUUCAUGGCUUUAACAAGAUAUUACGAUCUAUUGUUAGUAUGUAAAAUAAAUAUAAGAAAAUCAAUAUAGAUUAUUGAACGAGUGUUCAGUGAUAA